GAUAGGUUGUUGAGUGCGAGGCCGUUCGUCUGUGAGUGUGUCGGGGCGACUGGGGGAGAAGGGGGAAAAAACUCGCUGGAAAAAAUAAUUUAUAGAUCUGUAAAAAAAAAAUAUUUAAAGCAAACGUUAUUUUAAUUAAUCGUUUGAGCCUCUAGUCCCCUUUCGCAUGAUACUGCUUGAAAGGAAGUAAGAGUAUUUUGCUUGAGAUAAAGAAGGGCGGGUUGGAAACAUGUUUUAAAAUCCUGUUUAUUUUUCUGUCACCUAAAGUAACCCUAAAUAUUCCCCGGGAUUUUAAUUCGCUGGCUAGCCUGAAAACGGAAAAAAACCCCGCUGACAGCCUGCCGAAUAUGAACUGAGAUUCCUGCCAGGGAUAUAGCCUUAUCUGGUUGUUUUGUGGAUAAACAUCGGCGACGAUCCUGGGUUUUAUUGUUUCAUUGUAGCUCAGUUAGUGGCUGCGGGGUCGCUGGGCUGCAUCGGACAGCCCGUGCAAGAUCAAGAUUUUCGUCAGCGGCUUCAGCACUUCAGCAAAGUGGAACCUGAGCGUUGAUCAGCAACACUGUACUUAAAAUCUUUCGAGGUUUCCCAAAAAAGGCCGGCGGGGAGAGCGCAGGCUCACCUUUUCUGGGUGCACGUGUGUCUGCCUCUCGGGAAUACUGAACCAUGUCCUCCAUCCUGCCUUUCACCCCGCCCGUGGUGAAGCGCUUGCUGGGCUGGAAGAAGUCAGCCAGCGGCUCAGGAGGUGCAGGUGGGGGGGAGCAGAAUGGGCAGGAGGAGAAGUGGUGUGAGAAGGCUGUGAAGAGUUUGGUGAAGAAGCUCAAGAAAACGGGACAGUUAGAUGAGCUGGAGAAGGCCAUUACCACUCAGAACUGCAAUACCAAGUGUGUCACAAUACCAAGCAAUUGCUCUGAAAUUUGGGGACUGAGUACACCAAAUACGAUAGAUCAGUGGGAUACCUCAGGCCUUUACAGCUACCCUGACCAAUCCAGGUCUCUUGAUGGCCGUCUGCAGGUCUCCCACCGUAAAGGCUUACCACAUGUCAUCUACUGUCGAUUGUGGAGGUGGCCUGAUUUACACAGUCACCAUGAGCUGCGAGCAAUUGAGACCUGUGAAUAUGCUUUUAAUCUUAAGAAGGAUGAAGUGUGUGUCAACCCUUAUCAUUACCAGAGGGUGGAAACGCCAGUUUUGCCGCCUGUCCUUGUGCCAAGACACACAGAAAUUUUAACAGAACUGCCACCACUGGAUGAUUAUACUCAUUCUAUACCGGAAAACACAAAUUUCCCAGCAGGAAUUGAACCCCCAAACAAUUAUAUACCAGAAACCCCACCACCAGGAUACAUCAGUGAAGAUGGAGAGACAAGUGAUCAACAGAUGAAUCAAAGUAUGGACACAGGUUCUCCAGCAGAACUGUCACCCAGCACGCUUUCGCCUGUCAAUCACAGCAUGGAUCUGCAGCCAGUGACGUACUCGGAGCCAGCCUUUUGGUGUUCUAUAGCAUAUUACGAGUUAAAUCAGCGCGUCGGAGAGACUUUUCAUGCUUCUCAGCCCUCCUUGACUGUAGAUGGGUUUACAGACCCCUCUAACUCUGAAAGGUUUUGUUUGGGCUUGCUGUCUAAUGUUAACAGAAACGCAACAGUGGAAAUGACCAGAAGACACAUAGGGAGAGGUGUGAGACUUUACUACAUUGGUGGUGAAGUUUUUGCCGAGUGUCUGAGUGACAGUGCUAUUUUUGUUCAAAGUCCAAACUGCAACCAGAGAUAUGGAUGGCAUCCUGCAACUGUCUGUAAAAUUCCACCAGGAUGCAAUCUUAAGAUUUUCAACAAUCAGGAAUUUGCUGCACUACUUGCUCAGUCAGUCAACCAGGGCUUUGAGGCUGUGUACCAGUUAACCAGGAUGUGCACCAUCAGGAUGAGCUUUGUUAAAGGAUGGGGUGCAGAAUACAGGCGACAGACUGUGACGAGCACUCCUUGCUGGAUUGAGCUGCACUUGAACGGACCGCUUCAAUGGCUGGAUAAAGUGCUGACACAGAUGGGCUCUCCUUCAGUCCGCUGCUCAAGCAUGUCAUAAUAGCCCACCCCGACAGGGACGAACACAAUGGAGUCUCCUGGGAAAAAAAAGAGAAGACUUGCUAUAACCUGUCUUUCAUAGUACUUGUGACCCCACAGACUUUUUCACUGUUAAAAACAGAAAUGGCACUUGAUGUCCCAUCAGCUUAAUGCACCUUGUUUAAUUCUUUACCCCAUACCCUAAAUAUUAAAUGUGUUAGUCUUAGAAAAUAAAUAUAUCUUGACUUAGAAGUAUGGGGAUGGAUUGUAGACAGGUGGGGAGGGGGGAGUAAUACCAGAAGACAUUUAACACUUGGCAUAGCAUUACAACGUUUUUUAAAUGAGUGUAACAUAAAACUAAAUUUUGGCCGGAGAAAACGUAUACUUGAUCAAUAAUUCUGGUUCCCUUAAGAAAGCAUUUCAUUGUGCUUUCUGACCUCUCUCAGCUGUACCAAGUUAGUAUUUUCUGGAAAAAAAAUUCAGGAUAUUCAGGAAAAGAAGUAUAUUAGCCAUUUUUUGUUACAAAAGGAAUGCCAAAUAAGAGGCUGAAAUUUCUUGAGUUUUUUUUUCUUACCUUCUCCCCACUACUGGAGAAUGUUGCCUUGUUAGUCCUGAGGUGUGCUGUUAUAAGACAUGCUUCAUCUAAUCUAUGGAAAACAGGAAUGUUAAAAAUUACUGGGCAUGCAGCUUUUCAGUAUUUUUUUAAAUGGGAAUUGCCCUAUUCCCUUCUCAACAAGUGCAUCAUGUGUGGACACUGCCCAUGGUUCACUCCUGAAGGGCAAAUCAUUUCCACAUUUACACUGCCUGUUUACAUUCAGUACUGAUUUUCUUUUGCUACGGAGGUUUAAAAAAAAAAGAUCAUCAAGUGUCCUGACACCUCUGAUUCCUUUCAAGUGUUUUUAGUAUUGCAACUAAAGUGUGAAGGGUGGGUGAAGCACAUAACGAUGUGAACAUCGUUACUUGCGGUGUAUUUAAAUUGGCCAGAUUUUUCCUUUCCACUUCUCCAUCUUUUUUUUUAUUCUCUUGUAUUUAUAUAUCCUUUUAAAAAACUUUAGCUCGCAUCCUUUUUAUUAAAAUUAAAAGUUUUUGACCACAUCCUGUUUUUAAGGGAAUGGAGUGAGUCCAGUAGCAAAAUAAUUGUGUAAGGAUGAAUCAUCCUCAAGAAAAAGCUACUUGUGGGUUUCUCACAGUUUUUUACAUUUGAAUCACAUCGCAGAACAUGCUGCCUUAGUCAACACUUUCCCCACAAUCUUGGAGUGCUAGAUUUCAAGAAGCAAUCGAUGAAAUUUUUAGUUAAAUAGUUGAAGGGGUGCAAUAAAAUGUAUUUCACCACUAGAACUUAAAAAAUGCCUCUUACCUGAGCUUUUUAUAUAUAUAUAAUGACUUAACUGGGUCUUGUUUCCUUUGAAGUAUGUUGCUACACAACUGGGUUCAUUUUGGGCAAUCUUUUGGUUUUGAUUAACAAUCUUCACAAAGUACAUAUGAUGCUGGAGCAUUGGGUGCUGAGUGGAAAGAUAAAUACAGAAUUCUAGCAGUGUUCUGCCAGCUUGCAUCAGGGUCGGGUGGGUAAUAAGACCGCUAUAGGGAGGGGGUAAUGUAACUUGUGUAUAUAUAUAUAUUUAAAAAUAUGUACAUCUUACUAACAACUCUGUGAUCUAGCUGUCUGUCAUUCUUUACUUGUUGUGGCAGUAGCAAGAUUUUUAAAUGUCUUUCCUCCCCUGCCCCCUUCCUUCUCAUUGUUGGUUCCUAUCUUAUUACACUAGCAAUUGUACUUUGUAAGUGCAACUAGUGAUUAGCUUUGAGAACAAAAAUGUGGCCAGUGUUAUAGCUUUGAAUCAGCAGUGGCAGUAGAGGCCAAGACAGAAUAUUCUGCUUGCCAUAAAGGGUUGGGUGUGAAAAUGAUACCAAAUAGAAAUGAACAUGGGCCAGACGAAUAUAUAUAUAUACGUUUUAUUUUAUUUUUUAUUUUGGCAAAGCGUUUUAACAGUUGGUGAGCUUGUUUUACCAGUAGACAGAUGUAUUGGUAGAACAUGUGAACUUCAGGCGAUAAGCUUUCAGGCGUGUUGCAUAUGCAGACUUCAUAAAUACACUAAUAAAGGUUUUAAUUCUCAUGACCUUGGUCUCAACUGAGUGUUCUCUGAAAAAUACAAAACUUUGAAGAAGUUUAAAUAAAAACAGUUUUUUCAACAAAGUAUGGUUACUGGAGACAGUGCUCUAUCUAAUGUGGGUAGACAGAUCCUGAUCUCAAAAGGACGUAUCAUUUUCAUUCCACCUGUAAAUUAAAGUACUUGAAAGUGAA